AACUUGUCUCAUCGCUAGUAAAAAUAAAUAAAUAAGCUGCAGCAACUAACUAAAAUGCCAAGUUUAGUAUUAAAAGUGCACAGAGAUUAUCAACAACUAAAGUUAAUUUUAUUAAAAUGAACACAUCCAACAAUAAUCAAAUUACGAAUCAAACCGUCACAGCCAUAGGUGCUCACAUCUUGCCAUCAUCUACAUCACGUUUAACAUACGACAUUAAAUUGAGGUUCAAUGAAGAAGUACCCACCACCAGCUCCACAGAUACACAACUGAAACACUUAAUUGGAGAUAAAAUCAAAAAUAAAGAAUUCUUUUAUGGCAUAGAAAUAUUAGCGCGAAGUCAUCAUGACAAUGCAAUAUUGGAUUAUAAAUCAUUUGGUCCCAUGCUGCCUUUAUUCACUUCCAUUGUGUGGUUAAGUUCGGAAUAUUGGUCAGUGGAGAAUAUCGAAGAAGUUGAAUCAAUAAAAUUGGCGCGUAAAUUACAGCCUCAUGGCAUUGUGUUGCCACAUUUCUCCUGCUAUCAUUUGCAGGAGGCCAGACUACAAGAGUUUUUAAAUUUGAAUUUCUCCAAUGUUCUGGCUAUUCGUGGUGAUUUCUUGGACAAAAAUCAGGCAUUUAAAUAUUCAGGGGAAUUGGUGGACAGUAUACGUAAAUUGAGAGGAGAUUCUAUAACUAUAGGGGUUGGCGGUUAUCCAGAAGGUCAUCCAGAGAGUUUAUCGAUGGAGGAGGAUUUGAGUAAUUUGUUUAAAAAGGUUCAAGCCGGUGCUGACUUCAUAAUAACACAAAUUUGUUUUUCUCCACAAGCUGUAAUUGAUUUUGUGAAAAAUUGUCGCCUAAAAGAAAUAAAAGUACCCAUAUUAGUUGGCAUAUUUGUACCGGAUAAUUUACACAUGCUAGAGGCUAUAUUACGUAUAACGAAAAUUAAAAUGCCUGCUGACAUACUACAAGAAUAUCGUAAUCAUAAUUUAUUGGGCCGUAAGAAUUUUAAAAAUUAUGCUGUUCAAAAAGCUGUGGAAAUGAUAGAUACGAUAUUUUCGAGCGAUGUGGAGGUGUAUGGUUUGCAAUUUUUCACCAUGAAUAGAUUCAAAAAUAUACCAAAAGUUUUGAGUGCUAUAAAGAAAAAUGAAAAUUUAAUAAAGAAUAGUUGA